AAGGCAAACGUCACGGCUCCCUUUUUCGACCUUGGUUUCUGGAUAAGAUAGCUCUCUCCGGUCCACGUACAAAAAAGUUCAGGCUACACUAUUCCAAGCUGCAUACACAAGGCGACAGCGCACCUCCUGGAAUACACCCAUAACAGACCAAAAACCCAAAACAAUUUGCCAAUCAUGGACCAAUUAAACAACAAUGAGAUGCGCGAGCUGGAGCAGCGCAUGCAGAAGAGACAAGUAAAGGAGUUUGUCAACAUCUUCAGCAAGCUCGUCGACCACUGCUUCAUGUCUUGCAUCGACGACUUCUCGUCCAAGGCCCUCAACUCGCGCGAGUCCGGCUGCAUCCAGCGUUGCGUCAUCAAGGACAUGGCCGCCCAGCAGCGUCUCGGCGAGCGCUUCCAGGAGCUGAGCGCCCAGAUGGCCAACCAGCAACAACAAUAAAGAAAAGAAAUGCGGAAGUGUGAAAGAUAGAGAUAGAAGGGCAUUGAUGUCUGGAUUGGAGGGACGUAGGACUUUGGAAGGGAAAGAGAUACCCUGUACUAUACUGUAAUAUACUCAAAUCCGCUAAACCACAUCUCAUCCCCGCUCUUACCACUCGG